AUGAGAACAGUUCCUUCGGAUACGGUUACAACCCCAGCCACAGUCCCAACCACAGUCACAGUCCCGAGCACUUCCACAGUCACAAGCAAAGCCACAAGUAGUGUGAGUUUUUGUUAAUUUAAUCUUCGUUCAAUUUAUUUUUGUCAAAAUCACGUUGAAACGGUUUGGAAAUACACUACAAAUCGGAUCUCAAUCAGUUCCCGACACACCGAUGAAAGUAAUUCAAUUUAGGCCGAGAAGUAGGGAAAUGAAAAAAAAAAAACUAUCGAGAUAUCAAAAAAAUUAUUUUUUCGCCUCGCAGUUUUUUUGAAUUUUGUAAACCACACAGAUAAAUUUUUUUGGUCAAUAAUCAUCCGAACUGAUCCGCUCCGAAGGGAUUUUUCCGCUCCUGAUCAUUCUAACUCAUCAUUUAUCAACCGAACCGAAUCGUUUUCCAUAUUUGUCCAGUAGUCAUUCGAUAUAAACAUUAUACCGGCUAAAAAUUAUAUCUAAGGGCCGCAAGGCCACACCCCUUCGCUGACCAAAAAACGUCGUACAUUUCGUUGCAUUUUUGACAUUUCAUCUUUGUUUAUGCAGUUUCCCUGAACCGUUUUGGGAAAAAUUCAGAUAACAUACAAUCAGCUAUGCUCUACAAUCCUCCAUAGGAGAAACAACUGUAAACAAGAAAAGAAUUGGUGAAAAUGAAGUUUUUUCCCGACGCCUUUGUGCGAAAAAGUGAAAAAACGUUAAAACAUUCAAUACCGCUUGUGGACAAAUUAUUUUUUUCUUAUUUUUAAGCAUGUAAAAAAAUAUAAGUGAAAAAUAAAAAGAUUCCUAUGUGUGUUUUUCGAAUAAAGAAGCGUCGGAAAAUCGCAACUUUCGAAAUUUGUGAACUUUGGCAUUUUUCCGCGAAUCAUCGUAAAAGUUUUUUUGAACUGUUCUCUACAAAUUUUAAAACAUUUUCAAAAAAACCUGGCAUGUUCCCAAAGAAGAAUAUCUGAAAAAUAAGUUGAACUGGCAGAUGGCUGAAACCACAACUACUUCAAUGGAAAUUACAUCCACUACUACAAUGACAACGACGACGACUAGUGGUGAGAGAUUUGAGCUCUAAAAAAGACCGUUUUAACGAACGAUCAAAUUUGCAACUGGUCACUAAAUAACUUUUAACGGUUAGCUCAGUGCUGGAGGAUUGGGAAGGCAGCCCUUGGCUUGGCGGCCAAGCCAAGCCAUUCAGCCAAACGAUAGAGAUGAGUCAUUAAUUUACGUGGUCUUUGGCAAAUAGGUCAAGUACGGGGCGAUGACACCCUGAACUAAUUAUUAUCAAUUGUGGUAAUUUUGAUUUGUCUUAGGCCCCUCUUUUUUUUCUCCUUUGAAUAAUCGAGGUGGUAUGAAAAACCACCGAAUUUUCAAACGGCGACUUUUCCGAUUUGUUCAAAUCGCUAGAGAACUUUCCGAGUUUUUUUUCUUAUAUUUUUCGGAUUAUAAAGCAUCUGUUAAAUUUUUUUUGUGUUUUAAUCAUGAAUUAACUACCUACUUCAUAUAGCUUGUAUACCACGACUUGGAAUUUCACCGGACGACAUUCCGCUGUUCCGCUGCACGCCUUUGCGAACCUUGGUCGCGCUUUUUUUAUUUAAUUUUUUUCUUUUUAUUAAGGUACUCUACUUUCAUGUACUCCCACAGCAAUAUAAAUGAACUGAAAGUGUGACCUAGAUUUAAAAGAUGCUUCGCGAACGCACGCAGCGGAAUGUCGCUCGGUGAAAUUUCAAGUCGUGGCAUAUAGAUAUAUAAAAAGAAUCAAAACAAAGAGUUUAUCUAUUAGGUCGGUAACUAAGUUUCCGAUAUUUUUGAGGUGUGUUUUUGCUUAGCUCCCGCGUUUUACUGAAUGGACUAAUUGUUCUGCCACUAGGAAUGCUAGAAUGAGGAAAGCCCUCUGUACGUGAACAACUGGUAGAUUCAGUCUCCUCAUUGUUCCCCUAUGAGGAUGCCCCAUAGAUUCAACCCCGACCGAACGAACUUUUGAGACAUACUUUUGUUGCUGUUCCUUUCUGGCAGCAAUUCACCUGUUAUCGAACUUCAUAUCAAGGACGUAUAUAAAGAGCAUGCCCCCUCUCAAAGCACCGCAGCGUUUGGUUCAAUAAGUUCUCAUAAGGGGAUUUUUCCAUGUCUGAAGUGUAGAGGUCGAGUCGGCCGUCCGAGUUGGAUCUGGACCUGCUGCGCAUCCAAAUUGAAGCCGAUCCUCAUGUAACCACCAGGAAAUCGGAAGCCACACUGGGGGUGAGACAUAUCGCUAUCCUAAAAGGAAGGGAAAAAAUCGUAAAGGUCCAAAAGAUGGGCCGAUGGGUACCCACCGAUUGACCGACUACGAUUUUCAACAUGACAAUGUCCCCCAUGAUAAUGCUGAGAGCCGUCCUCAGUGAGACACCAACACCUACACUAUCCAGCUGCGAAAGCUGAAACUCGGCGUCGAAAACAGACGAAGGAAUCAAGCCGUCAUCUAUUUUCAACAUGACAACGUUCGAACACACAUAGCCCGAUUGACAAAGGCUGAGCUGACGACGUACGGAUGGCAUGUUCUACCUCAUCCACUGUAUUCCCCUGACCUUGCCCCUUCUAUUUAUCACCUCUUCUCCCACCUUCAACGAGCCCUCAGGGGCAAAAAUUUGACGGCGAGAAGCAAGUCAGACACUAGUUGACUAUCUGGUUGAAGGCACAGUCAGCCACGUUCUGGAGGCAGGGCAUUCAUGCUCUGCCCAGGCGAUGGUCACAGACCAUAGAUGCCCAUAGAGAAUAUUUCUAAAGUUUAUCCCCCUGCUAAACAUAAUGAAGUUUGUUUACACCAAAAAUAUCGGAAACUUAGUUACCAACCUAAUAGAAAAAAAAAAGUCGGAAAAGGAUUAGUCGAAAACUUUUCCGUCGUAAAGGUCCCACAAAAUAAAAAAUCGUCAUUUUCGAAAUUUUUUUAACAAUUAAAUAUUCUGCUUCCUUUGUGUACACACGUUUCAUACAUUACUCGAAACAAGCGCUUCUAGAUGUUAGGGCGAUUUCGCCUUACAAAUGACCGUCGCACCACGCUGAUUUUUGAAAAAGUCAUAUCUGCCUUUUGGGCGUUUAUGGCUUGGCAGGCAGGGCGGCCAGUGGGCAGCCAUUCUCCACCUCUGGGUUAGCUGAACCAAAAAUCCAACCGUAAUUUAAAAAAAUUUGAAAGAAAAAUAAAAAAACACUGUUCACGUCGAAAGUCCAUCGGUCAAUUGAAAUUAAAUGGCCGUUCAUUGAGUGCCGUUCAACUGGUCACCGGUCACUGGUCGGUCAUUUAUAUACACAAUGAAAGAAAAAAAGGGAAAAAGAAUUUGGAAAUGUCGUGUUUAGAAAUCCAAAGUGUGUUAUUUUUCAAUUCUCUGCAUCUUCUUCUUUUUUUUUCGUUCGACUAAAAGUUAGAGUAUCACCGAACUUUUAUUUUUUCCGAAUCUGACCACUAACGUAAACUAGCGGUCGCUUUGAAAAAAAGAUCUCGAUCUAACGUAAUUACCGAACGCUCAUUUCAAAAGCGUUCAAACUCAAAUCGGAUAACGAUCGUUCAUUCAAAUGAACGGUCGUUAUCCGAUUUUCCAACCUUCGACCGUCAUUGCUUAUGCGUUACUUUCAUAGUUUUUGACCUGGCAUGAGCGGUCAGAAUAUUCAACACGUCAAAAGCGAUCACCGCAAAUACUGAUGAGAAAUACUUCACUGAAUUAGUACAAGAGCAGUGCCUAUGCCAGUAAUCUGCAAUAAAACUUCGCUUUUUGCAAACCAACGUUAUGCAUCAUACUGCGCAAAAUGCAUAGAAGUUCUGCUUUUUGCACGAACUCAGUAAAGGAAAGCCUAUCGCAUAUUUAUAGUAAAAUUCUCGACUUGAUAGGCGGUGGAGGCGGGGCAGGGCGCGGGACGCGGGACGCGUAGCGUGUGCGUAUGCAGUUUUUGGCAUGAAUUCAAUUCAAGCGCUACCGACUAUUCAAAAAGCUCGGUCACCGAUCUUUUUUCAUGUGUUCUACUAAUUCUUAAUGCACAAUCUAAAAUAAUCACUGAUUAAUUAGAAAAUAAAUGAAAAGAGCGAUAGACGAGCUCACCAAAAAGUUGCUGGCGGUUGAAUUGAACUCAUACCAAGAAGUGCGUGCGCGUUCCCUGCCUCGCCUACCUCGCCUUUCAAGUCGCGAAAAAAUUGACUAUAUUGGAAGUUUCCAAAAAAAAGAGUAACUUGUUAAGGAUGUCCCUGCAACUCGGAUACGUUGAAAAUCGAUCCACAGGGUCCUGAUGAUUAUCGGCCUGUCAUAAGGUUAUUUAAUACUGAUUUUUUUUAAAACUCGGGUUUUGAUUGUAUUUUAGAACACAUGAAAAGAAGGAUCUCUGACAAAAUAAUGGUCCAACGGUGAUAAAAUCAAAACCUUUACAAAGCCUCAAUAACUAAAAGUUUGAUCAUGAUUGCACCCAUUUUCCAAAUUUGAAAAGUUCUUUUUUACGUUGGAUACAAAACAUUUUUUUUUCCAACCACUGUUUUGCGAUUUCAGUGGAAACUCAUGUUCAUCAACAUUUACAUGUACCUCUCCUACUGCAAGCUGCACCGCGCUAUUGGUGAGUUUUUGUUAUAGAGCGCAGAGCGGCGCGCACUUACCCUCAAUAAAGUCAUUUUUGCUGCAAAAAAUUUUUAACCGUAAUUUCGACAGUGAACCAUGAAAAAAAAAGAAAGUUCAUUAACAAGCAUAUGUGAUCAAAAUCGCUUAGCAACUUUUGAGAGUUUUGUUGUUUUUUAGGAGAUUUUUAGGAGAGAGGAGAGAGAAAUUCAAGAAAGAAUGCUUAAUUGAAAUAUUAACAAAGACCGCUUCUAAGUUUCAAAAAGAAAUGAAAAAGAAAAUUCGAACUGCAGAUUUAUGACAACGCUGAUCCUACGAGAGGUGCGACGUUCAAUGAUGCUCCUCUAGUUGCAACACUCACCGUUAUGUGCAACACCGAAGGUCUUUGGUCUUUCAAUGCUGGACCCGCAGUAGUCUCCGAGUAAGUAAUCGCCAAUAACUUAUUGGAGACUUUUUUUAUUAGAUUUCCCGAUUAGAAUUGAGGGGUAUAGUUACAGUUUGUUUCAUUAUACAAAGUAUGAUAGAAAUAUAUAGCUCCAAAAGGUAUUCUGAAAUUGCAAGUAUCAUCUCUCACCAUCGACUUUGCGGAAAAUGAACUUUUUUCCCGAACUCUAAAUUAGGAAUGAAAUAUGGAUCGAUAAACCCCGUGUUAAGUUAUAGACGGCCCCAUCUAAUAAUGUGCAUGUAUCUCUACAACUCAGCAAGGAUGGCGCACGGUGCAUUCUGCUUUUUUGAACUCUGGUGCGUAAUUGGGGUCUGCACCAGGGAUUCACGAGACACGAUCUCGUCUCGAGAUUUUUCGAGAUAUUCCGAGACGAAAUCUCGUCUCGAUCUCGUCUCGUCUCGAGAUAAUUUUUUUCGUUUCGAUCUCGUCUCGAGAUGAAAAAACCACGUCUCGUGCAUCCUUGGUCUUGAUAUGCAAAAACAAAUCCCACCUCGUCGCGAGACAGUUCGAGAUGUAAAGAAAGACUUUUUUACGAUAAAAGGUAAAAAUAAGGUGUCAUAUAUGACCUUCCGGAUGUCACAUACCGAAAGCGAUCAAAACCACAGCGCAGUUUUAGAUUUUGCGUAAUGUUUCUCAAUAAGGACAAUUUUUUGCAAAUCUUGGAGUUGUGGUCGUUUUCAAGUGUUAAUUUGAAACAAAAAUGCAGAUUUUUUUUUUCAUUUCGAAUUAUCUCGAACUCGUCUCGAGACGUCUCGAUCUCGACUUGAGUUUUUUUUUCCGAAAAUUUCUUCGUCUCGAGAUAAUUUUUUUUGUCUCGUUCUCGUCUCGAGAUGAAAAAAACCUCGCCUCGUGCAUCCCUAGUCUGCAUUGUGCGAUUUCGGUGAUUUUUUGGUGCAAAGGUGUCAAAUCAAUGCGUUCAGCGUGCCGCACCAGUGCGACACUAAAAAAAAACCGAAACUGCACGGUGCAGACUCCAGUUUCGCACCAGAGGGCAAUUAAGCAGAUUGCCACGUGCGCCAUCCUUGCCGAGAAGGAACGUGAACGGUGCAAGCACUGCUUUUGCACCUUUUUUUUGCUGCACGGUGCAUGUUUUCGUCUUGCUUCUCGCAAUUCAUUUCUUUUUGGGUUCAAUUUUGUACAGACGUAAAAAGUGCAAAAUGAACUUUUGUGCAAAAUUCAAAGCACUGAAUUGCAAAAAGCUUUUUUGGAGUACGCUGACAUAGGCACUGCUCUUUGCACGAUUUAAGUAGAGUAAUCACCUCAAAUCAGGCCUUUUUUCACACUCCCAUAAGUUUUUUUUUCUAUUCCCUAUUGUAAUUUUUUUUUUUUGUUGAAAAACUCAGGGAAGGAAAGCGUGAAGGCCUAAAUUAAGCAGCGAUUGCGUAUCUGAUUCGCAGUAUCAACACCGUGCGGUGUUGCAGCACAGCCGCACAAAAACCCAAAAAUUCGAGGUGCAAAAAGACAACAUGCAGCGUGCAGCAAAAAUGUGCAAAAUCAGAACCGCACCGUUUCUUGUAGAAUUCUCUUGAAGUGAGUUAACUUUCAAAUACAAACAGUAAGACAAAAAAAAUUUCAAAAUUUCAGUUUUCAAUCCCUCUCCUGCGCUGAUAAAACUCAAGGUUGCUGA